AUGAUCUCAUCUCUCGUCAAUGCUGCUGUUGCUUUCGGGCAGGGAGAAGUGGAGCUUGGCCUGCUCAUCGAGCCCGCUGAGCCCGCGGCGGACACCCUCGAAUUCAAGAGAGCGAUCUGGCCUGUUAUACAAGCCGCGUGCGAUCAGAUGGAUGCUCGUGCUCGGGUCUCCAUGGCGACCAUCGCAGUGCUGCGACCUGGUCAGAGCUUGCCAAGAUCUGAUAAAGGCACCGUGAUGAGGCGGGAAGCAUAUUGCCGUUUCCAAGAAGAGAUUCGCAGGGUCUACAGCGGACUGGGCAACCGGGAAGGAUGCAAGAGGGUCUCAAGUCCCGUCACAUCCACUCUCCAGGACGUGCUGCAUGACGUCAUCCGGGAGGAGCUGCAGCACCCGGGUGCAAUAAGCCCUGAUCAGAACUUCUUCGAUCUUGGCAUAAACUCGCUACAGGCAGUACGCAUUCAGAGAUCAAUCAUCCGGGCCACGAGAGCGUACCCCAGUCUGUUGCCGAGUCGCCAGGUCGCCGCCGAGAUUGUCUACAAGAACCCUACGAUCAGGAAAUUGACCAAAGUCCUGCAGGGGCAAGCCCCCGACAGUGAUUCUGAUGAUAGUCAGGCGAUCGACAAUUACAUUUCCAAGUUUAGCCUUCCAGGUCGCUCCGAGACCCUGUCCGUCCAAAAGAAGGGCAUCACCAUUUUGCUCACCGGGGCCACGGGUAGCCUCGGCUCACACCUGCUCUCGCACCUGGUCACCCUAGCCGACGUUACUCGAGUCGUCUGCUUCACCCGGAGUCAUAUUUCCAGGAAAAGCCACAGCCACUCACCAUCUGAGAGGCUCAUCAACGCCGUCAAGGAGACGGGUGUCAGCAUCACAUCUUGCUUCCGUUCCAAGGUCGAAGUUGUCCAGGGCGAUGUUAAUGCCGUCAAGCUGGCUUGGCCGAUGGACUUCAAUCUGCCUCUUGAGUCUUUCGAGAGGCAGUUUGCAUUUCUGCAGGACCUCCUCGAGCUGCUUAGGGGUGUCCACUUCAGCAACCCAUCAAGAAAGCCCCGGCUUCUGUUUAUAUCGUCGAUUGCAACAGUUGGUGGUCUCUAUUCGCCUCAUGGGAGCUACGUGGUUCCUGAAAAGGCGUUUUCGGAACGCUCAUACAUCAGUAGCCUCGGGUACAGCAAGGCCAAAUUGGUCUGUGAAAGACUCAUCGCUCAGACGGCAGCGGACUGGGGCUAUGAGAUGGAAGUAGGCUAUGUUCGUGUGGGCCAGCUUUCAGGAGACGAAGGCAGCGGAUACUGGAAUCCGAAAGAGCAUUUCCCUGCCCUGGUCAGACUGUCUCACAAAAUCCAGGCAUUUCCGCUGUUAGAAGGAACCCUAUCAUGGUUACCUGUCAAUCUUGCUGCUGUCGCCCUGUCCGAGAUACUGUUGUCGCCAAAACCUAUGCAGCUGGUCUACCACGUGGAGAACCCUGUGCGUCAAGAGUGGACGACAGUAGUGGGAUUGAUCGCGAAAGAACUAGGCCACCCGCCGUCCUCUUUGGUAUCUUUGAAGAAAUGGCUUGAGCAGGCGACGCAGCAAGACCCCAAGCAAUCCGACUCACGCAGCACCUUCUUGCUGCAAUUCGUCAAGGAUCACUUUGAGCAUAUGUCUGCCGGGGGUAUAGUGCUGGACACCCGCAAAGCUCAGGAGGCAUUCCCGAGCUUGAAGACAAUUAGCGAAGUACCCGGGGGCACGAUAACAAAGUAUGUGCAGAGGUGGAAAGACGAUCCUGUCUGGCGUGGUUUGUAA